CUACCAUUCCCCUCCGCCGCGCGGCAGGCAGGUUACAUUGCUGUCUUGAGAGGAAAGGUUCUGUGUGAAGCGCCCCCCCCCACCCCCUCAUAGGACAAGAUGAGCGACCAGGAGCACACAUCCGAAGACCUGACUGGAGGCAAGUCCGACAGCCACUCAGAAGGAGGAGAUGGAUACACGCAGAAGGGGCAGGACUCUCAGCCCUCCCCUUUGGCUUUAUUGGCUGCUACAUGUAGUAGAAUUGAACCCCCGGAAAAUGGUAACGGAGGAGGCCAGCAGCAAAAUGCAACGGAGCUAGAUUUAAGUACUGCUCAAACUCAACAGACAGCCAAUGGAUGGCAAAUCAUAUCCACUUCUGCAGCUUCAUCCAAGGACCAGGCUGGUGGAGAUUCUUCAUCUAAGAACCGUCAAAUAGCCCCUGGGCAAUUUGUGGUUACAACUGCCCCUAAUUUACAGAAUCAGCAGGUUUUGGCCAGUCUGCAGAGUGUCAUGCCCAAUAUUCAGUAUCAAGUCAUACCACAAUUCCAGACAAUGGAUGGACAGCAGCUUCAGUUUACCACUGGUCCUACUCAGGUCAAUGUCCAGCAGGAUGCCUCAGGCCAGUUACAGAUAAUCCCAGCUUCUAACCAGCAAAUAAUCACAACAAACCGCACUGGUGCAGGAAACAUACUUGCCUCAAUGCCUAAUUUACUACAGCAAGCUGUCCCUAUUCAAGGAAUGAACAUCUCCAACAAUGUCCUCUCAGGGCAGACUCAGUAUUUAACAAAUGUCCCUGUUGCUCUCAAUGGCAACAUCACACUGCUUCCUGUGAAUGCAGCAUCUCUAGCACCCACAUCGCAAUCUGUGACCCUUAGUGGUUCUCAGGAAAAUGGCUCACAACCAGUUACUUCUGUGGCUAUUAGCUCAUCUGGCCAGCUGGUCACUUCCCAAAGUAAUGCAUAUUUUACCAAUGCCAACAGUUAUUCUACCAGCACCACUCCUACUAAUGCGUGCAUAGUGAAUUGCAGCAGUACAAACACACAAGGGACCAAUGUCCAAAUCCAGGCAUCUCACCGAUCAAGUGGCCAGCUGAACUUGGUCAGUGACUCACAGCAAAAUAGCGGCACUCUCCAAGGUCAGCAGAAAGACACAGACCAAGCGCAGCAGCAGCAAAUUCUUAUUCAACCACAGAUCUUGCAGGGAGGUCAGACUAUUCAGACUCUGCAGGCUGCUCAGCUGGGUGGUCAGACAUUCAGCACACAAGCAAUCUCCCAAGAAGCACUUCAAAAUCUCCAAUUCCAGACCGUUCCAAACACUGGACCCAUCAUUAUUCGUACACCCACUGUUGGGCCUAAUGGGCAGGUCACUUGGCAAACUAUCCAGCUUCAGAAUCUUCAGGUUCAAAAUCCUCAAGCUCAGACAAUCACUCUUGCUCCUAUGCAAGGAGUUUCUUUGGGGCAGUCUGGCACUACAUCCACCCUCACUUCCAUGCCUGCUGGCACUGUAACCGUUAAUGCUGCUCAACUCUCAUCAAUGUCUGGUUUGCAGACCAUUAACUUGGGUGCCUUAGGAGCUUCAGGUAUUCAAGUGCACCAGCUUCAAGGAGUUCCUUUUACAAUCACUAAUACAGCUGGAGAUGGAAGUGGUCAUCUCAGUCUCCAGACUGGUACUGAUGGACUCCAUAAUAAUUCAGCAAUGGAAGAAGGUGAAACCAGCCUAGAACCUCAGCCCCAGCCUGGUCGUCGAAUGCGCAGAGAGGCCUGUACAUGUCCAUACUGCAAAGACAGUGAAGGAAGGGUUUCUGGAGAGCCUGGGAAAAAGAAACAACACAUAUGUCACAUUGCCGGCUGUGGAAAAGUGUACGGGAAAACAUCACACUUGCGAGCUCACUUACGCUGGCACACAGGAGAGCGCCCCUUUGUGUGCACAUGGGUGUUCUGCGGGAAAAGAUUCACUCGAAGUGAUGAGUUGCAGAGACAUAAGCGCACACACACCGGUGAGAAGAAAUUUAUGUGUCCAGAGUGCCCGAAACGCUUCAUGAGAAGUGACCAUUUGUCUAAGCAUAUAAAGACACACACGAAUAAGAGAGGCCAGUCUGGUCCUGUUGCCAUGACCACUGUACAUAUGGACACCGGAGCGGGUUCUGAUGGCAGCACUGUCUCCACACCAACCCCCCAGGCCCUCAUUACCACCAACAUGGUCGCCAUGGAAGCAAUCUCCCCAGAAGGCAUUGCACGACUGGCAAGCAGUGGCAUAAAUGUCAUGCAAGUUGCAGACCUCCAGUCAAUCAAUAUUAGUGGCAAUGGUUACGAAGAGCCAAUGUACAGGCAGGACAGUAAAUAAUGAUGGGAAAUAAGUUUGGGUCUGGAAAUAGGGGUAAUCUUGUAAAACUAUGAUUGUGGGUCCAAACAAGAUACAUGGAAAGUAUAGAAUCUGCUCUCACUACUAGUUGGAUGUUUGCCAAUUUGCCUUAUCAACCUUGUUGAGAAUUUUCUUCCACUCUGUUGCAAUUGUUUCCCUAACCUCAUCAUUGAGCAUCAAUUGUGGAAUUUCUAGGUUUCCAUUUUUAAGCCAAGUAACUUGGGGGCAGAAUGGACUGCAUAAGCCCACUUAGCACCAUGAUGGUUAAAGUUGUCAUCUUGGUAGUGAAUUGCAAUAGCUAUAAUAUACCAACAUGGUUAAACAUCUUGAAUGUUUGAGGUCAUUGUCAGAACUUAUCCUUUUUUUUUUUUUUUUUAUAUAAUAUAUAUACACCUAUAUAUAAAUCUAUUUUUUCUUUAUAUUUGAGACGAAAAUACAAUUACACCCUUUGCCAUCAUGCCUUGAUAAUAUCCUUUGUCAAUGCAAUACAUUUUUGACCAAGCAAUGCUAUAUAUGAAAUAUUCAAAAGCAUUCAAUAAAAGAUGCCAAAAAUAUAAGAAGUGCUUAGACCAAAGGUUGCUUUGGUCAAUCUAUAGCCUUACUUUUUUUUUUCUCCCGUUUAUUCUUUGUUUUAUUUCUUACAGUUUCAGUCUCCUAAUAAAUUUAGAUAAAAUAUUAGUAACAUGAUUUUAUAUGCACCACACAACCUAUAAUUGUUGCUUUAUUUUAUGUUGUAUGUGAGUUUUAAAGAUCUUCCCUUCUGUGUGGCAAUAUUGUCAGCAUUGCAUGUUUUUUUUUUGUUGUUUUUUUUUUUGUAAUUCUUUAUUUUUUUAUUGUGCAC